AUGGACGAUAAAGAUGUCAUUGAUAAUUCUGGUAAAACAGAAACAAUUAAACCUGAAAUUAUUAAUUCUGAUCAAUCAGCUACUGAAGAAAUAAAAAAAGUAGAACCUCCUACAGUUGAUGAAGAAAACAAGGAAUCAAUAACUGAAUCAGAACCAGAACAAAUAUCCAUUGAGGAUACUGAUAAGGACAAAGAGGCUGAAAAAAUAGAAACAGUUCCUGAAAAAACAUUGGGAGACAUUGAAAAAGUUGAAGACACUACAAUUGUUGUUAGCGAUCCAAUACAGCAAGACAGUGUUGUUGAUAAGCCUACACCAGUAUCAGAUCAACUAUUAUCAACAUCAGAUGUGGAAUCUGCAGUUCCUACUCAAGAUAAUUUAAUUGAACCCACUCAAGAUCAAAUUGUUCCAGUUAGUCAAGAUAGUUUAAUAAAAGAAAGUCAACAAGUUAUUCCUGUCACUGAUUCGGCCCUGAAUAAUGAUAUCAAACUUGAAGAUAACGUAGUUGAUUUAGAUCAACAAUCAGUGUUAAGUAUGAAAGAUUCAGAAUUGAAAGACUUGGUUAUGAGAGAAUUAUCUGAGUUUUUAACUGAUGAACCAUCUCAAAAUGUUGGACCUGCUCUACUUGAAAUUAAAUCAGAGUUUACAAAAAGUGAAGACCAAAUUAAAAUUGAAAAUCUUGAAAAUACCUUAUGCAAGGUUGAUAAAGCAGAUCAGAAAGAAGAGAAAAAAUCAGAAAAUGAUAUUGCUGAUGCAUUAUCAACAUUAGCAACUGCUGCUUUAAACCAGGCACCUCCUACUAAUGGAACUGCAGAAAGCGUAAUAUCAAAAGCUGUACAGCCGAUUGUACCAGUUAAACAUGAAGGACCAGCAUGGUGUGAUGUUGGUGUAAUUAAAGGUACUACUUGUUUGGUGAAACAAUUUUACUCGACUUCUACUACUGAUGAACAUGAGAAUACUAGCUUAGAUCAUUUACCAGAUUAUACACAUAAAUUAAAAAUUGAUAUUCAACCAGGGACAGCUUACAAACUCCGUAUAGCUGCUAUAAAUACUUGUGGCCGUGGAGAAUGGAGUGAAAUAUCUGCAUUUAAGACCUGUUUACCAGGUUAUCCAGGUGCUCCAUCAGCUAUAAAAAUUACAAAAGCACCAGAUGGUGCUAGCUUAACAUGGGAAGCCCCUCCUACUAGUUCUGGUAAGAUUUUAGAAUAUUCAGUUUGUUUGGCCAUUAAAAAUCCUAAGGAUGUACCUCACCAAAGUCCAAAACCAACUUCAACAAAUUUAAAUUUUGUUCGUGUGUAUUGUGGACCUCAUAAUGCUGCUGUAGUCAGUCAUGAGUCACUCGGAGCAGCGCUGAUCGAUAGAACUAAUAAACCUGCUAUAAUAUUUCGAAUUGCUGCUAAAAAUGAAAAGGGGUAUGGACCAGCUACACAAGUUAGAUGGUUACAAGACAGCAAUGUGCCUGGAUCAAAUAAGAACCCUUCAAUGAAAAGAGAAAAGAGUGUUAAUCUUUUAACUGGGGUUCCCAAAAGACCCAAAAUGUAA